AUGUCCAAACCAAAGGCAGAGGGCAGUCUAAAUUCUCCAGACGUCCAUGACUUUUUCAGCAACAAAGUUCCCACUCUGCUCAUCCACAGGAAAUCCUUGGAGAAGGAGUCUCCUCUGAGCAAGUACAUAGAGAGCGAGCACCAGCAAGCCGGCCUUUUCUCCUUGUCCCCGACCGACACCCCCCUAGAUGCCACUUCUGACCCCCAAAAGAAGAGGAGGAAGAAAUGCGGCGGCUGCACUCCGUGCUUGCGCAAGGCGAACUGCGGUGCGUGCGGCAACUGUCAGAACCGCAAGACGGGCAAGCAGAUCUGCAAGCUGCGCAAAUGUGAAGAGCUAAAAAGGAGACGAGACAUCUGGCAAAGUAUUCACAAAGUCACUUCAUUGGAUGGCCCCAGAGGUGGAGAGCAGAUGGAAAUUGGGUCACCAGACCGCCUCCAGGAAGGCGUGCUGAGCCUGGAACUAUCCAAUGGUGUGAAUUGCUACUCAGAUGAUAAUGAUUCAUCAAUGGAAACAGAGCAGAAGAGGGCAGGAAGUGUACCCCCAAGGCAGUGCUGGGUGGCAGAACAUGGCAAUGACCAACAGCAGCCAUCUUUGAACAACAGCAGUCAUGGAAACCGAAGAGAACAUGUCCACCACGUGGAUAUGGAGGAUGCUCAAAAUCUGGUUAAUUUUUCAGCCAUUGCUGGCACCUUACCGCCUUCUUCCUCUACUUCUUGCCUCCAAGUGCAGCCGUUGACAAAACAGCUGUAUGAGAAGUUUACCCAGGAGAUGGGAGCUGAUGGGGCUAGGAUCAAACACUCAUUGGCUCCUGACUCAAGCCACCAAUCUCCAGAAAACAUGAACACUCUACAGACAGCACUGAACCACGCGAAACAUGGUCACAAGCCGCCUAACUGUAACUGUGAAGGGCCGGACUGUCCAGACUACCUGGAGUGGCUGGAGAAGAAGAUUAAGUUGGCAACUAGUCAGGCUCAAAGCACCAGCAAGACGAAUGAUUCACCACAUUUGCAGUCCACCAUUCAGCAGCCCCAUCUGCAGAACCAGUCCUAUCUCCAGACCAAUGGUGGCCACUUGUCUUCUUCAUACCCCCAACAGCAACAGCGAACAAAAGGCCCACACACUGGCCAAGUGCCCUACUCCAAACUUCCUCCAAUUCCCUGUUCUCCCCAGGUGCUGUCGAUAGCCAAGGAAAGGAAUGUCAGUCUACAGACAGCCAUUGCCAUAGAAGCCCUCACACAGUUAUCUGGUACUGGAACUCAAGGUGUUGGUCUUCCAGGUCACAUUCUCUUUAAUAAUAACCUCCUCCAUCAUCAACAUAGCCAAAACCUUUUGUCUCCGUCACCAAAUGGCACUAACUUAAUACCAUCCUCACGCUCUCAGUCCGUCCCUCCAGGAUUACACACUGACCAGCAAACAGCAGUGUCCUGUGAGCACCAUAGACCCCAGUCACAGGGCCAGCCCCCCCAUGCUUCUACCUCUCCCUUUCCAGGUCAAGGAAAUCCUCAAGGCUUUGGCCAGAAUCCCCAACAGUGGCUACAUGACCCAAACAGAGGCUCUGAAGAACAGAAAGUAUUUAUGCGUAUGAAAUCGGAGUCCUUAUCCCAUUAUGCUGGUGCACCUCACGCUAGAUCAGACCCCAUGACAGAGCUCAAACAGCUGCUGGGUGACACCAGCAGCAAGUCUGGCAAUGCAUCUUUCAAACUUCCAGUCACACAGCAGUUAAGCCAGAAUGGGGGUUUCCAGGCACGGGACCAGCCAGCUUUGCCCAGAAUAAAGCAAGAGCCAGACUCUGAUGAGCUCUACCAUCAUUCUGCCUCCAUGGGUCAUGGCAACGUGGCUAAUGGGCAGUUUCUGUCUCACCACUACCCUGGCUCUCCUUUGUCUCCUGGGCAAGCAGCCAUCAGACACUCAACUCAGGCAGCUCUGCAACAGCACCUUCACUACAAGAGAAACCUCUUCUCUAAUCAUCCUUCUGGCUUUGGUGCCCCUGUGGCUUGUCAAAACUUAAAAAAAUGGUGGCCACAGAUGGAAGCCAAUGGUUUGACUCAUCUAAACAUAAAACAGGAGCCCAAGGAACCCAAAAAGAAGAAAAAUGGAUCUCCUGUCUUAAAAGCUAUGAGUGGGAUGCUCCCAGGCCCUCCUCUUCCUAAACCCAAACAGAUUAUAAUCAAGAAGACUAAGCAAAAAGCCUCUGUGCCAACUUUCCUGCCUAAGACUCAAAUCACCACCGGCCGAGCCAACACCCUGACUAGUCUGCAACCUGCGGGUUCACUGCCCCCUUUGUCCUUCCACAGUAACUCCUCUCAGGUGGCUGCUGCAGGCCUCCCUGCCCAAGCCCAAUCUCAGGUAUCCAUUUCCAACCUCUCAUUGCCUCCCUCUUUAACGAGUUCUGCUUCGUCAGCAAACACGCCGGCUCCCAUAGGCUCUCUGCCCCCAGCAAUGGCCCAUGCAACCAAUGCUAAACCAGAGGAAGUGGGUAGUUCAGCCCCUAACACUGCCAGUCCUGCCUCAUAUCUGCCCUCCACAUCUCCACCCAACACCUCACAGUUACCGGGUCUCAUUAACAUAGACCCCAAGUAUGAAGAACUGAUCCGUCAGUUUGAAGCAGAAUUUGGGGACUCAGCUGCUGCAGACACACCUUCUAGCCAAGCCAUGUCUGCGACUGAUCUGGCUUCUCAGAUAAGAAACAAAUCCCAGUCCAGUGGCCCGGACCCCAAUCUCACAGCAUCUUCUAACACCCAGAUUACUCCCUUCAUCCACACCCCUGAGUCCAGCUCCACGCCUCAUAUGAACAGUAAGGAUAUGGCUGUUAACAAAGAUAACCCUGAAGCCCAAAGGGAAGUAACCUCAAGCCAAACAUCCAUAGAGAGCCCAAAGUGGGGACAGAGGGACAUCAUCCAACAGCAGCAGCAACACAGUCAGAUAGAAGAUGCGUUCAGCAUACCAUGUUCGCCCUUGCCUAAACGGAUGAAAAUUGAAACCACGGGUGAUGUAGCUGUACUUUCCACCACUUGCUACUCUGAGGAUGACACACCCACGAAGAACGGCCUGCCUUGUUCUCCAUCUUUGAAAGGGUUCUUGGAGUCUCCUCUGCACUAUCUAGACACCCCCACCAAGAACUUGCUGGAUACUCCUUCUAAAGACUUACAGGCAGAGUUCCCCACUUGCACCUGUGUGGAACAAAUCCUGGAGAAAGAUGAAGGGCCUUACUACAACCACUUGGGAUCUGGACCCACGGUGGCCUCCAUCAGAGACCUGAUGGAGACACGGUAUGGCGAGAAAGGAGAUGCUAUCCGGAUAGAAAAAGUGGUGUACACAGGCAGAGAAGGAAAGAGCUCAAGAGGAUGCCCGAUUGCUAAAUGGGUGAUUCGUCGAUCAUGUGAGAAAGAGAAGCUGCUGUGUCUGGUGCGUCAUCGUGCAGGCCACCAUUGUGCAAACGCUGUCAUCAUCAUCCUCAUCAUGGCUUGGGAAGGCGUCCCGAAGCCUCUGGCCGACAAACUGUACCGCGAGCUGAGUGACACCCUUACCCAAUACGGAAACCCCACAAGUAGACGCUGCGGCCUCAAUGAUGAUCGUACCUGCGCAUGUCAAGGCAAGGACCCUGACUCUUGUGGUGCUUCCUUCUCUUUUGGUUGUUCCUGGAGUAUGUAUUUUAAUGGUUGUAAAUACGCCCGAAGCAAAAUACCGCGCAAGUUCCGGCUACAAGGAGAACAUCCUGAACAGGAGGACAAACUCAGGAAUAACUUCCAGCAUCUGGCAACCGAGCUGGCUCCAUUGUACAAGCAGCUGGCCCCUCAGGCGUACAGCAACCAGUGUCAAUCAGAGUCCAAGGCUCCAGACUGCCGGCUGGGUUUGAAGGAGGGCAGACCGUUCGCAGGAGUCACCGCUUGCAUGGAUUUCUGUGCCCACGCCCAUAAGGACCAACACAACCUUUACAACGGCUGCACAGUGGUGUGCACUUUGACCAAGGAGGACAACCGCGUGGUCGGGGAGAUCCCUGAGGAUGAGCAGCUCCAUGUGUUACCUCUCUACAAGGUCUCCACCACUGACGAAUUCGGCAGCGAGGACGGCCAGCUCGUCAAGAUGCAGACUGGAGCCAUUCAGAUGCUUCAGGCUUUCCGGCGAGAAGUACGUAAGUUGCCCGAACCAGCCAAGUCGUGUCGACAGCGUCGCCUGGAUGCCAAGAAGGCUGCAUCAGAGAAGAAGAAGAAUAAACUCCAGCAGCAGGCAGGACAGACACCAGAGAAGAUGUUGGUCAAGGCUGAAUUGUGCAUCACAGAGUCUCCUCAACACCAAGUUAAUAAAGCAAUUUUAAAACAAGAGGUGAAGCCCAUCAUCAAAAAGGAGCCAUUCAAUGGAUCAAUAGAUGGAUACUCUUUUCAAGCAGCCAGUGCAAUCAAGAACAUGUAUCCCCAACCUGCCUACUAUGCAAGGGGAGGCCUCCCCACACCUGGCCAGCCCUCUGCAGCAGACCCAGUAAACGGCUAUAACCACAACCUGCCCGCAUCGCGCUAUAGUCACUACAACUACCCCCCUAAUGCACUUUUCCCACCUAAGAUGAGGACUUACGAGGCUCGAAAUGCUGGCACUAAGGCUUUCCAAGUGGACCAGAAGCCUGAUAUUCACAACCUUCAGGCCAGACUGGCUCAUGCUUAUCCUGGUCCUGCAGAACCAACCAAACAAAUGAAUGCCCGGUCAUUAGACGCCAAGCAGCCACAUCCUUUUUCUGUCUCCUCCGAGCCCUCCAACAGAGACACUCCAGUUAUCAAGCAGGAGCCGAUGGAUAUGCCAGUCUGUGAGGAUACAGGACUGAGCCAGGCGGGUGCAAACACACCAAGCAACACUCCUAACUCUGCUACAUGGCCAGGAAAUCGGUUAAAUGGAAGUAUUGGUCCUGCAAACUGGGAGAAUCAGAAUUGUAGACAAAGUCCUGAAGCCUUGUUAGCUAACGCAGACAAGCAGAGGUUCCACCAGCAUUCCCAGCAGCAGCCCUCUCCUUACCCUCAGCCAUGGACAUCCUUUCCUGGCUCAAAUAGCCUAAUGGCAUCCCCUGCAUCAUCACCAGUUCCCCAGGUUCCUCCUUCCCACUCUCCUCAUUUAGGCACAGGUAUCCUGGGUAACAUACCUCAAGGAUCUCCACGUCCAAGCACCCCACGUCCAAGCACCCCUCAUCCAAGUACACCUCAGCCUGGUGUCACGCCCCCAUUCUCACUUACAGACCGUUCACUUACACCACAUUCUGCCUCUCCCAGGCAGUGGGUCAGUCCUGCCCCAAGUCCCCAGCCUAAUGCUUGGGCUACGGGCCAUGCAGCAUACAGUCCUGGUUUGAAGCACAGCAAUCCUGCAGGCGCCUACCCAGACAAGAUGUGGUCAAAAACCGGUGAAAGCCGCUGUUCCACUCCUCUUGGGGUUCAAGAGAAAGCCUGGAAGUCCUGCGGAGGUUCAGUUGCCGGCAGUACACCAUCCCCUGCUCCUGAGGGGCGCCUCUUCCCCGACGCACUGCAGCAGUCAGAUCAGUCCGGCUGGGACCCCAGUCGAGCAGAGUGCAAUGCUGCGAACACUAAGUGUCAUGAGGAGGAUGACGACGAGGUGUGGUCUGACAGCGAGCACAACUUCCUGGAUCCUAACAUCGGUGGUGUUGCGGUCGCACCAGCCCACGGGUCCAUCCUAUUCGAAUGUGCCCGACGGGAACUCCAUGCGACCACUCCACUGAAAAGGCCCGACCGCUCGCACCCCACUCGCAUCUCUCUGGUCUUCUAUCAGCACAAAAACCUCCAUCAGCCCGUUCACGGAUUGGCUGUGUGGGAGGCCAAAAUGAAACUGCUGGCAGAGCGGGCUCUCCAGAGGCAGCAGGAAGCAGCUCUCCUCGGCCUCUCCCAAGAAGAAAUCAAGGCGCUCAGCAAAAAACGCAAGUGGGGCGUCACCGCAGCAGGGGCUGCCCUAGGUGCUGGACAAUCGAAAGACAAGAGGGAGGGUCCCGUGACACGGUUAGCGGCCAGUUUCCACACCACCUCAAUGGUGACCGCGUCUCCCUAUGCCUUCACCCGCCUCACCGGGCCAUACAGCUACUUUGUGUGACGCUCGCCGCCAACCGAUCGUUAGCGAGCGAGAGCAGGAUCGAGGGAUGAGCAAGAUGAAUGUCUCAGCAUGUCACAUGGCCAUCUCUCCUUCAUGCCCCCGUCUGCUGUCCACUUGGAGGCCAGGACAUUGUACUUGCUAUUAUUAUUUUUUACCUCAUGUCAGGCAGUGUUUGGCCUCGAGACACACUGCUUGUGGUGCUCCUCCUCUCUUUUUCCCAGAGAGGAACUACAUUGCUUUUUUUUUCUUGUUUAUAGAAUUCUAAUGGUUUUAAAAAAAUAUUGCUACUGUUAUUGUCAACAUUAUAAUGAUUGCAAUUGUUACUGUCAAUGUUGUUAUUACCGGUAUUAUAAUGAAGAAUUGUUGUUUUUAUCACGGUCGUUUCUGACAAUGUUAACGAUUUUUGUUGUAUAUUUUUUCAAGCCAGUCUGAAUCGGUCGGACAUUUUUUUUUCCUUUUUCUGUUUUUUUAUUGGUCAACCUUCCAGCUGUGUUAAAAGGAGGAGCUGUUAUCUGCCUGACAAGAGACCGACCUUUGUAGGGGCAAAGCCUGUUUGGUUACGUAAAAUCAAUUUGUCAUUACGCUCAUAAAAAUUGGAGUGGCACUGUUUUUUUUUUUGCAGACAUCAACAAUAGGAUUCCCCGGGCGACUGGACAAGUCUUUUUUUACUUGGGAAGUCCCACGGGCCAGAUUGUGGACGCUGUUGGACCGGAUCUGGCCUGUGGGUCGUACGUAGUUUGGGGACCCUUGUGCUAAACGAUUUGCCUAUCAUAAUGUUUGUUGCACUUAAGUGAAUCUCUUGUCAUUCCUUAACGAGCUCCUCCUUUUCUCCUCUUCUACACCCCAGCAGCUUUUGACUGGUGCUCAAUUUCCUUAGCUCUGAUGGAUUUCCAUCCCACGACUUGUCAUGGCACUUGAUGCUGUACUUAGGUGCUCGAACUGAGGUUUUACUUUUGCUCGUCUGCAAUUUGCAAAUUUCAACCGAUCACAGAUCUGUAACGACAUGGGGGAAGAAUCAGGUCUUCUACCAAUGAUUGGUUAUCAGAGUCACCUCUAGAGGCUUUUGACUGGUGCUCAAUUUCCUUAGCUCUGAUGGAUUUCCAUCCCACCACUUGUCAUGGCACUUGAUGCUGUACUUAGGUGCUCGAACCGAGGUUUUACUUUUUGCUCGUCGGCAAUUGGCAAAUUCCAACCGAUCACAGAUCUGUAACAACGACAUGGGGGAAGAAUCAGGUCUUCUUCCAGUGAUUGGUUAUCAGAGUCACCUCUAGAGGCUUUUGACUGGUGCUCAAUUUCCUUAGCUCUGAUGGAUUUCCAUCCCACCACUUGUCAUGGCACUUGAUGCUGUACUUAGGUGCUCGAACUGAGGUUUUACUAUUGAUCGUCAGCAAUUUGCAAAUUCCAACCGAUCACAGAUCUGUAACAACUACAUGGGAAAGAAUCAGGUCUUCUUCCAUUGAUUGGUUAUCGGAGUCACCUCUAGAGGGCGGACUUGUCUGCAUGCUAACGCAGACCCACUAGCACUUACAGUGAGAUGUGGUCAGAAGCCAGUAAAACCUUGCUUUAGUUUGACCAAAGGCAGCGUUAAUCUUAGGCCCAUCGAAGCUCUAAUGUGAACUCGGAGAAAGCUCGGGUUGGAACGUAGUGCUCUUGGCGGUCCUGCAUACACUGUGGUGCUCUUCUUCUACACUUGAUGUACAGUGAAGGCCUGUCCUGUCCUCUGCAUGGUGCUGCCAUCUUCGAGCGGAGCAGGACGGGUCUUUCGGCAGGCACCCGGCGCCAAGCAGAACCGGCUGCUUCCUCCAGAGGCUGCAAAGUUUCUUAUCAUACACUGUCGAGCGCGGGGGGAUACUUUCCCAUUACCGGUGCUUUUCACAGGUACAACCUGAUACCUACUGAUUGAACUUAGAAAAGUGUGGCUUCUGGGAGUUGGUUACCCAAUGCAUCAGAAUCAAUCUCUCAAUAUGUGUGUGAAAAAGAGCCAAAGAGUGAGACGUGCAGUGAGAGUCUCGCAAUUUGCAACAUGCAGAUUUUGUCUCAGAAAGGUGAAAAUGAGCGAAUGGUUUUGUGUCGGACGUACGCUGACUUCCAAUUGCUGAGGCGUCGUUUGGAUCACAACCCAGUUUCACCCGUGUCGAGGACUUGUUCGCUUUCCCCGAGGGUCUCCGGCACUCAACCCUCACCAUCACAACUCGCUACCGAGGGCAGAGAAUCAACCGUGUCUCCGUUUUCACUUGAACCUUUUUUUUUUGGUUUUGUUUUCCUUUUUUAUUUAUUACUGGUGAUGAUAACGAUUGUCCUUGUUUCUUCAUCUUUUGAUACACCGAAUACAAAUUGUACAUAGAGAAGAGCAGAUUUAUAAAAGCACUUUUAAACUUGAUUUUAAUGACAAAAAGAAAGAUGACUAUUGACAACUUGAAGGUUAGGGUUUUUUUUUCUUGUUUGUUUUGUUUGUUUUUCCUAAAGAGAGAGAUAAAUAAUGUAAAUAGUGAAAUAUUUAGGUAAAACUAUUUAAUUGCUGAGGAUAGUGUGUAAAAUCCGAAAAGCGUAGGAGUUUUGACGACAGUACACUUGGUUUCUGUGUUUUUGUGUGUACAGUAACACAUUGUUUUACUCUCACAAGUACUGUAACCUGUAUCCUGAGUCGGCAUGUAACUCGUAAGAACGGGGAGACUUACUCCAAACCAAGUUGAAAAGUCCAUUUCUUGAACACAACUAGAAAUACAAAACCAUCUGCAAACCCUAAACCUGCUAAAAAAAACUAAACUGUCCAAUGCCAGGCAUAUUUAAAGAAGCUUUUAUGUUCUAUAUCAGUGGUUCUCAAAGUUUUUUCACCUCAGAAAAAAUGUGGCUGUCCAAGUACAACCAUAAUGAACAAAAUUAAAUUACAGUAGCGUAAUAGGCCUAAGUAUUCCUUAAAAACAAGGCAAGUACAUUUAAUGUUUUUGGCCACACAGUUUGAAAAGUAACACUUUGCUUGAAUGUAAGAAAACAAAACAAUCACUUUAAUCAAGUUAUUAUUUGGUGUACCACUAGUCGUACACGUACCAUAGUUUGAGAAUGACUGUUCAAUAAUUACAUUUACGAUCUUGAAACUGAAACCGAGUAAACACCAUGGACUUUAAAUUUGAAUUUGAAUUCUGAAAAUACAACAAAACACCAAGCAAAAAUUAGGCGGAAAAAACUCAAAUACCGUAAUUUCUGGACUAUAAGCCGCACCUGACUAUAAACCGCACCAGCUAAAUUUAGGGGAAAAUACAGAUUGCUCCAUAUAUAAGCCGCACCCGACUAUAAGCCGCAGGGUUUUGAUGUGUAAUUAGCGUAGUAUAUAGGGGUUCCUGCUACCACGGAGGGGAUUGUCGGGACAGAGAUGACUGUUUGGGAACGCAAAGCGUCCCAUUUAUUAACAAUAAAUCUUUCAAUCAUUCAAUCAAACUUUCACAUCUUUGACAUGGCGAACAGCAUUCGUGCAGAGUACAAAUAAUACAACGGUGCAAAGUAAUACAAAGUGCUCGCCUGUACGUUAUCAAAAUAACCAGCCUACCGGUAUAUGAAAAGUCAGUCUUUAAUCAUUGUGUCAUCGUCUUCCUCCUGCGUACUAAAACCACCGAAAUCCUCUUCGUCGGUGUCGGAGAAGAACAGGCCGUAAAUAAGCCGCACCGUUGUAUAAGCCGCAGGGACCAGAACGAGGGGAAAAAGUAGCAGCUUAUAGUCCGGAAAUUACGGUAAACAUGUUGAUAAUACACCGAAAUAGUUGUUAACAUUGCUUUUCGCCCCUAAAUAAAAAAUAUUUACCCUGUUUUUUCAGUUUCAACACCUUGUUGCAAAAAAUUUUGGACACGGCUCUAAGCAGACCUGAGGCUGUUUUUACCCUUUGGGCAUUUAUAUGCAUCUUGAUCAUAACCCACUUUGUUGUAUUUCUCAACAUAACGUUUGUCGGGAUUGGUUUUAGCCACAAAGUGAAAAAUGUCCAAGCGGCCCUCGCAGCUUUUUGUUUUUUCAAGAAUGCGGCCCUCUGUGGGAAAAAGUUUGGACACACCUUUGUUGUCAGCAAACAGAGCUGUUUCGUACCUUUUGGGCGUGUUAUGCGACUCACAACUUCUUAUCGACAUUCUCCAAAAUAUAAGCGGAAAAUAACGGGAAAGAUGUGGAUAGUGUUUUGCUUUGGUGCCGAUAUGUUUUUUUAACUUACUUACUUUGGAUUGGUUGGACCCCAAAAGUUUAAACAUGAAACUUUUUGUUUGUCAGAAUUCUACCCUCGUUGGAAAAAGUUUGGACAACCCUCCUGCUCGGCUGAGUUUGUUACCUUUUUGGCGUCCUGUGGCAUGUUGCUAUCAUAAUUCGCGGCACAUUCAA